AUGGAGACGGAGCUGAAGGCGAGCCCGCGAGAUCUGGGGGCCCUCAGUUUCGCAGAGAGCGUGGCCUUCUCCUGCGCCCUACCCUUCUGGGGCUCGAUCAUGCAGUUCUGGAAGCCCCGAGACCUCUUGGGCCUUGGAUGCUUCCUCUGGGGCAUAUUCACUCUGGCGGCAGCAUGCAGCUCCAAUUACAUGGUGCACGUGGCGCUGCGUCUCCUGAUUGGCGCAUCCCUUGCAGUGGUGAACCCUAUCGGGCAGGCCAUGAUUUGCGACCUGGUGCCGGAACAGGAUCGUGGCAGCGCCUUUGGGCUCCUGCAGUCCGUGUCCACCAUCCUGAGUAUUCUGACCACCUUUUUCACCACCUCCAUGGCCCGCAAUGUCUACUAUGGCAUGCAUGGCUGGCGUCUCGCAUAUUCGGCUGUGGCCUUUGUGUCCUUCUGCGCGGGCAUGCUGGUGAUGACGGAGGUGCCAGCAAAGCUUUCGGCGUCUACACCGAAGGAGCGGAGCUGGACCGAAGAGCAGGCCCGGGUGGUGAAGCUGGUGUGCAAGAAGCCCUCGUUCCUGCUCAUGGUGCUACAAGGUGUCACCGGGGGCAUCCCCUGGAAUGCCUUCGCCUUCCUGCCCUUCUACUUCCAGCUGAGUGGGUACACAGAUGCCCAGGCGGCGCAGAUCCUGCUGUAUGGAGGAGUGGGGGGCAUGUUCGGGGGCCUGCUUGGCGGCAAGCUGGGGGAUCGCGCGCAUCGCUGGUGGCCCUACUGUGGCAGGUGCCUCGUGGCACAGCUCUCGGUGGUCCUGGGCAUCAUGUGCUUCCUGGGGGUGAUGGGAACUCCAUACUCCCCAGCCAGCUUUUGGAUCGUCAUUGGCUUCUUCUUCAUGUUCAACCUGACUGCCUGCUGGUCCCCAGCGGCCGCCCUGCGGCCCAUUUGCGGCGACGUGGUCCGCGACAGCCGCGACCGCGCGCAGAUCCUGGCGCUCUGGAUCGCCUUCGAGGGCACUGUCUCGGCCUUCUGCGGUGCACCCUUGGUGGGCUUCCUCUCCGAGGCCUUCGGCUACUCGCUGACCGCGGGGCAGAUGCCGAUGGAUUCUGCCUCCUUGUCAGGGGAGCGCAACUCGCAGGCGGUCCGCUCGGCGCUCUUGGGUGUCUCCGUGGUCCCGUGGGUGCUAUGCACGCUGGCCUGGCUGCCACUGUACUGCACUUACCCGAAGGAUGCAGGACACUGA